AAACAGCAUUUUUUUGGUGGCAUCCAUGUGGCAUCUGUCAUCUAUGGGUGGCAUUUUGUUGUGGAUCAAAGUUAUGUUUUUAUUAGAGGACAGUUGAACGUAUAUUUUUUGCAGCUUUAAAAUAGAAAAAUAGACCAUGGAGACAAUUUUAGAACAACAAAGGCGUUAUCAUGAAGAAAAAGAACGGCUGGUAGAUGCCAUGGUUAAAGAGAUGUUGCACAAAAAGACCACCUACCGCGAAGCAAUAAAUUCCGAUUAUCGUCUAAAAUGUUUACUGGAUAGAUAUAUGGUAGCAACAGAUCGCCUGAUUGAAUUAUAUGAAGACAAAGAUGGACAACGAAAAGCCGAAGUUGCAGCCCUUACAGGACCAAAUGAAUUUCAAGAGUUCUAUAAUCGACUUAAACAAAUUAAGGAUUUUUACAGAAAACAUCCCAAUGAGAUUAGUGUACCAAUGUCUGUAGAAUUCGAUGAAUUAGCUAAAGCACGUGAGAACCCCUCAGAAGAAAUGGCGAAUUUGGUGGAUUUCACUGACGAGGAGGGUUAUGGCAAAUAUUUAGAUCUUCAUGAAUGUUAUGAAAAGUACAUCAACUUGAAAGGGAUAGAAAAAGUUGACUACAUAACAUAUUUAGCUACAUUUGAUCAAUUAUAUGACAUUCCCAAAGAGCGAAAAACUGGUGAAUAUCGUAAAUAUUUGCUCAGCUUAAUUGAAUACUUAACAUGGUUUGUGCAAAGAGUAAAACCUCUAUUGGAUGUAGACAAUGAUCUACAGGCAGAAGUGGAUGCUGUUAUGGUCCAAUGGGAAUCAGGAACGGUACCUGGCUGGCCUAAAGAAACAGGGUCAGCUUUAGCGAAUGUGGGAGCUCAUUUAGAUUUAUCAGCGUUUUCUAGCUGGGAAGAAUUAGCAUCUUUAGGGUUGGAUCGUUUGAAGUCUGCCUUGAUGGCGCUUGGCCUGAAAUGUGGAGGAACUUUAGAGGAAAGAGCCCAGCGAUUAUUCUCAACCAAAGGAAAAGGCUCUCUAGAUCCUUCCCUCAUGACUAAAAAUAAAUCUGGAAAGGCCAGUAAAGAAAAAGAACAGUUGAGACAAAGAGAGUUGGCAUGUUUAGAAGCCCAAAUUUAUAGAUUAGCAGAAUUGGUCGCUCCCCAACGCGCUGCGACUAAAGAAAAUGUACAAAGAAAACAAGCUCGCACUGAUGGUGAAAGAGAUGACAGCGAAAAUGAAGAAAGUGAAGAGGAAAGUCCAGAUGAAGCUGAUGAUGAUGUACCAUACAAUCCUAAAAAUUUACCUUUAGGGUGGGAUGGCAAGCCCAUUCCGUAUUGGUUGUAUAAGCUUCAUGGGUUAAAUAUUAGCUACAAUUGUGAAAUUUGUGGAAACUAUGUUUAUAAAGGCCCUAAAGCUUUCCAAAGACAUUUUGCAGAGUGGAGACAUGCUCAUGGCAUGAGAUGUUUGGGAAUACCAAAUACAGCACAUUUUGCAAAUGUAACUCAGAUCGAAGAUGCUCUAGCUUUGUGGGAAAAACUAAAAGUGCAGAAGCAAGCUGAACGUUGGCAACCAGAGACAGAAGAAGAAUAUGAAGAUUCCCAGGGAAAUGUGGUGAACAGAAAAACAUAUGAAGAUCUUAAAAGACAAGGUUUAUUGUAAAAUAGUAACUAAUUGUGUAUUUUAGAUUAGAUUGUUUAAUUCUGUCAUAUCUUUUAUAACAGGUAGUAAUAAAUAGCGCAACAAUU